UUAAAACUCACCCGAGAUGACUGGUCGUGGCAAAGGAGGUAAAGGACUCGGCAAAGGAGGAGCCAAGCGUCAUCGCAAAGUCUUGCGUGACAACAUCCAGGGUAUCACAAAACCAGCCAUCCGUCGUCUUGCUCGUCGUGGCGGUGUUAAACGCAUUUCUGGUCUCAUCUACGAGGAGACCCGUGGUGUUCUGAAGGUGUUCCUUGAAAACGUCAUUCGUGAUGCUGUAACCUACACCGAACACGCCAAGAGGAAGACCGUGACGGCCAUGGACGUCGUUUACGCUUUGAAACGCCAGGGUCGCACUCUGUAUGGUUUCGGCGGUUAAAUAUCGCAGUUGGCAUCCCUUCUGAACCAAUCGGCCCUUUUCAGGGCCACCAUUUUCCUUAAGAAAGAUAACGUUAAUAUCUGCUUUUUACAUUUUUUUCUAGCUGAUUAUGCCUGUUUAGUUUGCCAGAAGUAAAGUAAAUUGUAUCCA